AUGACUUCGCAGCCUCUGCCGUCGACGGCCAGCGCGCCACGGCCAGGACCAUCACAGCGUCGUCGCGCACCAGCAACAACACCGCCACCGCCAUCCACCCACCAUGCCACAAAUCGACCCAACAUCCACCAACACGUCUCCUACCUCUCGCCCACCCAGACCGACUCGCCCUACCCGCCCCUCCCCGCUUCCCUCUCCCUCCUGCCCCGCACCACCCAGCAUGACGCGCCCGCAUUCCUCCCCAUCCUAGCCGCACCCGCCUACGCCCCUCUCGACGCCUGGCACCACGUCAUGGACGACCUCAUCCGCCACCCGGAACGCAACUCGUCCAACAUCCUCCGCGCAGACAUCCUCGAGCAGCAAACCUGCGAUUCCACCAGCAGCAACGACGCUGACAUCGACGGCUAUCGUCCCAUCAAGCGCAUCCGACGCAGCAUCCUCCCGCGCAGGCCCGGCCUCGACUGGGAGAUGCACCAGGAGUGCACCCUCUACCACCGCACCGACCCCCUCGACGCCUCGUCCAUUCGCGAGGCCGUCGUUGUAUACACGCCCAUCGCAUCUCCGCAGGCAAGACAGCGCUUUUCAGAAGGCUGGAUCGACGACCCCACCCGUCGCCUCUCGUUUCCCAGCCACGAGGAGCAGAUCCCCUUUUACCACCCAAAGGUGCGAGCCAUCGCCUUCCGCUACUUUGUCUCGCAACCGCAGCCGCAGUCGCAGCAUGACGGUGCCGAAGCUGCUGCCUCUUCCCACGACGACGACGCCGAACGGUCGCUCCCCAUAUUUGGCACGCACAGCAUCGCCCUCGUCCCCUUUGGCCCGGACCAGUCCGCCGCGCUGCCACCGACGCACCGCCUGGCGCGGAUAUCGCUGCACCUCGUCACCACGCUCCACACCCACACCUGGGGCCGCACCCACAACUACGUCAAGCGCGUCCACCACGACGUCGUCGUGCCGCGCGAGGCCUUCCAGGACCUCUACCUCCAGCUCAAGGCACGCCACGCCUCGCACCUCAUCGCCACCUGGGCCGAGCGCACCGACCCGUCCAAGCACGUAUUCGAGGACCUCGGCAUCGCCGCCUUUCUCAUCCUCCUCUGGCGCAAGUGGUGGGGUGACGCUACCACAGGUCCGCCCGGCGGGUUCGUCGACGUCGGAUGUGGCAACGGCCUGCUCGUCUGGAUCCUCAACCAGGAAGGGUUCCAGGGGCACGGGUUCGACCUGCGCGCCAGGCGCAGCUGGGCAACGUACGGCGACGGAGCCGAUCUGAGGGAGCACAAGUUCCAUGUGCCCCGCUUUGUGGCGCGGCGACUUGAGCGGGCCGGCGAGGGCGAGGACGAGGGCAAGACCGAGCCGGCGUCGACAGCAGAAGCGGUAAACGGCGACGAGGGCGAUGGCGACGACGACGACGACGAGGCAGUGGCGAACCUCUUCCCACCGCACUGUUUCCUGAUCGGCAACCACGCCGACGAGUUGACACCGUGGCUGCCGCUCCUCUCGACCUCUCUGGGUCUAACGACGGGGUGUAGCGGGUUCAUCAACAUACCGUGCUGUCCCUUUAUGCUGGGCGGGGACAAGUUCACUUCGAUGCGCUACAUUCCCAUCGAGCGCGACGACAUCGUCCCGCUCCUCUUUCCCCACCAUCCCUCCUCUUCGUCGCUGUCGGAAGAGGAGGAGAAGAGGGUGGAAGAGACGGUGACGGCCAUGCAACGCGGACCCACAUCGACGGAAGGCGGCGAAUCGAGAAAUGGGGCCUACCUCUCCUACCUCUCCCACCUCCACGUCAACCUCGGUUGGACAAUGGAAAAAGAGGCACUCAGGAUCCCCUCGACCAAGAAUUGGUGCAUCGUCGGUCGAAACCUCUUUCUCGACUCAGUCGACGACGUCGAGCAUCGGCGUCGGAUGAGGACCGAGUUGAGAAAACGGUGCAUCGACGCCGUCUCGGCCACGACGACGUCUUGGUCGCCCCGCGUCGGCAUCUAG